AUGGCUUCUGACAUCCCCAAAGUGGUCCCCCUGACAUGCCACGGACAUUCCCGUCCCGUGCCGCAUAUCAACUUCUCUUCCACGGUGGAAGAUGAUCAGUACUAUCUCCUGUCCGCCUGCAAGGACAACAACCCUAUGCUCCGUGACGGCAUCACGGGUGACUGGAUCGGUACCUUCCUCGGCCACAAAGGCGCCGUCUGGCAAGCCCGUCUGUCUACGGACGCUACCAUCGCAGCUACAGCUGCGGCGGAUUUCUCCGCUAAAGUCUGGGACACCCACACGGGAGAAUGCCUGCACACCCUGCAACACUCGCACAUCUGUCGAGCCGUUGCAUUCCCCCUGCAACCGUCCCCCCAGGUGCUCGCCACCGGCGGGUUCGAAAAGAAGCUCCGCAUCUUCGACCUCUCGCGCGGCAGCAACGCCUCGUCGCCGACCUACGCGUCCGCUCCCGGCGGUAGCGAGAACGGCAAUGCGCCCCCGGCCACGAGCUACGAGAUCGGGCCCGGUGUACACACUGGCACCAUCAAAUCGAUCGUCUGGAAUCAGGAUUACAACAUCCUGACCACGGCUGCCGAGGACCGUAAGAUCCGUUGGUGGGAUCUGCGCUCCCGGCACCCUAUCUACGAGCACGCCGUUGACGGGCCCAUCGGGAGCUGCGAAUUAAAUACCCUCGCUGUGCGACCUAACGACCCUGGCAUUUUGACCGUCGCGGCUGGUAAAUCCGUCUAUUUGUUCGAUGGCGCAGCCCCGGGCCGCUUACUCAAGCAGUCCACCUUCCGGUAUGAAGUUGCCAGCGCGGCCGUGAAUAACGACUCGGCCAAAUUGGUCACCGGUAGUGCGGAUGAUACUUGGGCGAGGGUUUAUGAUCUCCGAACUGAUGAGGAGUUGGAAGUCCAAAAGGGUCACCACGGCCCCAUCUGGUCCGUUAGCUUCUCUCCCGACGGCAAGCUCUACGGCACCGGAAGCGAAGACGGCACCAUCAAAUUGUGGAAGGCGUGUCGGGAACCGUAUGGUUUGUGGCGGUGA